AAGCAACGGUUCAGCGUUGAUGGCCACUGCUCUCCCCUCCUUUCUCUCUCUAACCCCAUAACUCAAUUUCCCUUUUCCGUUUCCCUCCCAAUUCUAUUCCUAUGUGUAUCUUCCGAGCAAUGUCAGCCGCCAACACCCCCACCGCCCAAUUACCCACCGUCACCCACCACCGCCGCCGCGCCGAUCCCGCGGAGAAGGAGAAGGCCGCCGCCGAUCCCGCUCAAGUCUCCCCCGCCGGCGAAGAGACAACCGGCAGCGGAGCGGCAAUUCGGUACCUGGCGUCGCGGAAGAGAGCGGCGGAGAGUUGGAUUUUACGCGGGGAGGAAUGUGUGUUGAGUGCCUCAAGGAAGAACAUGGGGCGCACGGUUUUCUCGUUGCUUUUGGUGGCGCUGAUGGUCUCCGUCUACGUCAAAUUAUCCUUGGGCGGCGGCGGCGGCGGCAACAUUGUCCGGACGGAGAAGGAGAUUUUGUUUAUUCACAAUUUUAAGAAUGAUUUUUCGUCCAAUGCGCAUAUGGCCGUUUUCGACUCCGAAGCCUCAAACGGCGCCGCUUUGCAGAAGCGCCAGAUGAAAGAAUUUCCGGUCCCAGAAAUAUGGAUGAAACCCAAUAGUGACAACUACUACAGAUGCAUAUCUCGACCACGAAAUUGGACAAGAACAAGAAAUAAGACAACUGGAUACAUUUUAGUUCACGCCAACGGAGGAUUGAAUCAAAUGAGAACAGGCAUAUGUGAUAUGGUUGCAGUAGCCAAGAUUAUGAAUGCCACUCUUGUGCUUCCUUCCCUUGAUCAUCAGAGCUUUUGGACAGACCCUAGUGAUUUUAAGGAUAUCUUUGAUUGGAAGCAUUUUAUCGAGGCUCUGAGAGAGGAUGUCGACAUAAUUGAGACGUUGCCAUCGCGUUUUAAAUCAGUGCAUCCCCUGAUUAAAGCGCCUGUUUCAUGGUCCAAGGCUAGUUACUACAGAGGAGAAAUUCUUCAUUUGCUGAAGAAGCAUAAGGUGAUCAAGUUCACACAUACAGACUCGCGCCUCGCCAACAAUGGCCUUCCCUCCUCCAUACAGAAGCUGAGAUGCCGUGCUAACUAUGAGGCCCUUCGCUACACGCCUGAGAUUGAAGAGUUUGGGAAGAAACUGGUUGAGCGCCUCAGAGGCGAAGAUGUACCUUACAUCGCUCUUCACUUGAGGUAUGAGAAAGACAUGCUUGCGUUCACCGGGUGCAACCACAAUCUUAGCGCUCCAGAGGCAGAGGAGCUUCGCGAGAUGAGGUAUAGCGUGAAGCAUUGGAAGGAGAAAGAGAUCGACAGCAGAGAGAAACGGCUUCAGGGAGGCUGCCCCAUGUCUCCAAGAGAGGCAGCUUUCUUGCUCAAGGCAAUGGGGUAUCCCUCUUCAACGAAAAUCUAUAUCGUUGCAGGAGAAAUAUACGGAAACAACAGCAUGGACGUGCUGCGCGAGGAGUAUCCAAACGUGUUCUCUCACUCAACCUUGGCGACAGAGCAAGAACUGGAGCCCUUCAAGCCUUACCAGAACCGGCUUGCUGCGUUGGACUACAUUAUAGCCUUGGAGAGCGACGUGUUUGUGUACACCUACGACGGGAACAUGGCGAAGGCGGUGCAGGGCCACAGAAAGUUCGAGGGAUUUAGAAGGACAAUAAAUCCUGAUAGGUUGAAUUUUGUGAGACUGAUUGAUUCGUUGGACGAGGGGACGAUUUCUUGGGAGGGCUUCACCGAUGAGGUGAAGCGUCUGCACAGCGAGAGAAUCGGGGGGCCUAGCCCGAGGCAGGCAGGGGAGGUGCCGAGAGUUGAGGAGAAUUUCUACGCGAAUCCUUUCCCGGGUUGUGUAUGCAACAAGAGUAAAGAAGCAGUUGGAGUUGGUUCACAAUGACAAGGUUGUAGGUUAGAUACAAGUGUUGUCAUAGUGUACAGCAGACGGUGCCAUAUGAGCUGGGUUGGUUAAGGAAAGGAGGUGUUUGGAGAGGGACAGACACCCUUCCGAGAACACGCGCCGCAGCACGAGUUGGUCGGGUUUUGGUGGGUACGGACGGACAGCGCAGGGGAGAAAUAUCAGAUAUAUAUACAUGCAUUCAAUUUAUUGUUUCAUAAUUUAUUCGAUUGGGAGUACAGAGUGUAACUAUUGGAAACAAAUACAAAUGUGAUAGCAAUAUAAUUCGAAAAGAAUGAUUCGUAUAGAAA